AUUAAACACCAGAAGAAGAAGAAGGAAAAACAACAACAACAACAAGAAGARUGAGUCAAAAGAUGGCAGUAAUGACACUGUGAUGGAUGCAGGUUGCCCUUAAAAACCGGAGAAGAAGAAGAACUUGUCGCGUGAACUCGACAGCGAGUUGUUGACYGGAGCUCAGCGGGUGGAGCUGCAAUGUGAGGACCACUGGGUUCGUGACGUGGCCGAGCACCUUGUUGUUUAAACAGACCGAGCCCACACUGAGUCCGGUUCCGAUGGGAACGGGUUGUUGUGUGAGCUGCUGACAACAGAGCUGCGGCCGUGGGCCUGGAGGGGCGGCAGCUGCCGGGACACCAUGGGGCUGAGAGCCGCCCUGAGCUGCCUGCUGCUCGGAGGCUUCCUGCGCCUCUCUGCAGGUCUCAACUUGUGUAUGAGUGGCAGCGCUACUUCCUGUGAGGAGUGCCUCCUGACACACCCCAGGUGUGCCUGGUGUGCUCAAGAG